UCUCAUCGUCUGUCUCCGUCUCCCUUCCUUUCUUUCUGUUCCUUUUCCUUCCUCUUCGACAAAAAUACACCUCCUAGUGAGGACCAGCCGCGAUUUCCAUCGGCCUCUUCCAUUAACUUACACAAUUUUAAUCUAUUUCCCAGGGAUAGUCACUGUUGAGCAGUGUUCACUUCAGUCAUUUCUCGUAGAAUCUAAAGCUACUUUUUCUUCUUUCCAUCCAUCAUGAGAGUCAACUCAGCUUGGGCCUUGAUGGCUGCUGCUGUCACGGUCAGCGCGAUGCCCCAGCCCGUCUCCAAGAGAGACCCUUUCCCGGCCGAUGGUACCGUCGUUGGGGGUGUUCCGCAUCGCCCGUUCAGGAUCAGGAGACAAGCAGCAGCACCACCGGCGACGCCUCAAGGCAACCAGCUCAUCCCCGUCGUGGUCGGCGGCCCGCAGGACACCUUCGUGCCGAACCUGAUCCAGGCCCAGGUCGGCGACGUCGUGCAGUUCCAGUUCAGCAACGGUAACCACACCGUGACGCAGAGCGCCGAGGGCUCCGCGUGCCAGCCGCUCCAGGCGCAGAACCCGGCAGCCAUCCACAGCGGCCACAUCCCGUUCCAGGACGGGCAGGCGAUGGUCGGCACUUUCAACAUGCCCAUCACGAGCGCCGACCCCAUGUUCCUGUACUGCGCCACCGGACCGCACUGCCAAGAGGGCCAGGUCCUGGUCAUCAACCCCACCAACGCGAACCAAGUCGUCCAGUACUCCAAGCUGGCGGCGGCGGCAAAAGCCAACGUCGACGGGACUACCGUCUCUGGUGGUGCUGUAGGGCAGAUCCCGCUGGCGAACGCGGCUUUCGUACCGGCACCGGCGGAGCAAGGUGGUGGUGGUGGUGGUGGUGGUGGCGGCGGCGCACCCCCGGGAGGUGGUGCACCUCCUGCUGCUGCCCCGGCUGCUCCGGCGGCUCCGGCCCCCGCAGCUCCUCCAGCCAAUCCCGCCCAAGAUCCGGCCGCAGCGCCGCCGGCCGAAGCCCCGGCCGCCCCACCAGCCGCUUAA